AUGCUCGCACUCUAUGCAAAUGAUGUUCUUUGUCGUGUAGUGUUUGGUAGAGAUUUCUCAGAAGGGGGAGAGUAUGAUCGGCAUGGAUUCCAAAAGAUGCUUGAGGAAUAUCAAGAAUUACUCGGUGGAUUUGGCAUCGGUGACUUCUUCCCUUCUAUGGAAUUUAUGCACACAUUGACUGGAACAAAAUCACGACUUGUACACACUUUUAGAAGCUUCGACCAGUUUUUUGACGAGGUGAUUAAGGAUCAUCUAAGUCACAAUAACAAAAAAGAUCACAAAGACUUCGUGGAUGUCUUACUUGAAGUACAGAAGAAUGAAGAUGUUGAAACGCCUCUCACCAUGGAUAAUGUUAAAGCAAUCCUCCUGGACAUGUUUGCUGCGGGAACUGAUACAACCUUCAUUACAUUGGACUGGGGAAUGACAGAGCUCGUGAUGAACCCAAGAGUACUGGAAAAGGCACAAGCUGAGAUGAUGAGAACAAUCUCGUAUGUGAAUCAGGAGAAACCCCAAUGUUGUCAAGAUGAUUGUCUUCAUACAUUAUGUCAAAACUCAGAUAGAGAAGAACAAUGGAUUAAAAACCGAGUCCAAAAUUUAAACAUGCUCAACACUCCAUCUUCACUGUCCAAAAUUAUGGAGACUUCUGCUACAGAGAAGAAUAUGAAUACACAAUGA